GGGAAAGAAGCUCUGACCCACUUUCCAUCCCUGGGACCCUCCACAAACUCUGCCCAGGGGAAGGUCCACGUGAAGCAGUGUGACUUGCUGAAGCUGUCCCGCAAGCAGAAGAGACUUUGCCGGAGGGAGCCUGGCUUGGCAGAGACCUUGCGGGAUGCCAUCCGGCUUGGGAUCAUGGAGUGCCAGUACCAGUUUCGCAGCGAGCGCUGGAACUGCAGCCUGGAGGGACGGACCAGCCUACUGAAGCGAGGUUUUAAGGAAACUGCCUUCCUCUAUGCAGUGUCCUCUGCAGCUCUUACCCACUCCCUGGCCAGAGCGUGUAGUGCUGGGCGCAUGGAGCGCUGCACCUGCGAUGACUCCCCAGACCUGGAGAACCGCAAGGCCUGGCAAUGGGGCGUUUGUGGAGACAACCUCAAAUACAGCACCAAGUUCCUGAAAAAAUUCUUGGGUCAGAAGAGGAUUGGCAAAGACCUGCGGGCCAAGGUGGACAUCCAUAACACCAAUGUUGGCAUCAAGGCUGUGAAAAAUGGUCUCAAAACCACAUGCAAGUGCCAUGGUGUCUCUGGCUCAUGUGCUGUCCGGACAUGCUGGAAACAGCUUUCGCCUUUCCAUGAGAUUGGACGACUACUGAAGCUGCGCUACGAUGAUGCUGUCAAGGUCUUCAGCACCACCAAUGAUGCUGUGGGACACUCAGAGCUGGCUGGCCCACAGAGACACAGCCAUUCCCCCAAGCACCCGGCUUCACCCCGCUCUACUGACCUGGUGUAUGUGGAAGACUCCCCCAGUUUCUGUCGUCCCAGCAAAUACUCCCUGGGAACUGCUGGGAGGACCUGCUCUCGGGAAGGCAACUGUGACAGCAUGUGCUGUGGACGAGGCUAUAACACCCAGAGCCGGCUGGUUACCUUCUCUUGCCACUGUCAGGUGCAGUGGUGUUGCUAUGUUGAGUGCCAACAGUGUAUGCAGGAAGAGGUGGUCUACAGCUGCAAACAGUAAAGUUAGUGCU